AAGUUUGGACUUUAGUUAGUAGUUCCAGUGCCGAGCGGGUGCACCGGGCCGAUACAAGUCACAGGGUCGAUGGGCUUUCCGUAGUGCGCAGGAGCCGGCUGGACCUGUCCUUUCUCGGCCGCCGACCACGUCCCCCAGAUUGACCAACAUGCGCUACUACAUGGGGAUUGAUGUUGGGACUUCAAGUGUGCGGGGAGCACUUGUAGAUCAAAACGGCAAAGUGAUGAUCCAGGCUGAACAACCAGUCCAGAUCUGGGAGCCACAACCAGAUUACUAUGAGCAGUCCUCUGCUGAAAUCUGGGCAGCAUGCUGUACUGUUUCAAAGAAAAUAACUCAGAUGGUUGAUUUGAGCCAUAUCCAAGGCAUUGGCUUUGAUGCCACCUGCUCUCUUGUUGUACUUGAUGAAAACUUUGAACCUCUAGCUGUGAAUACAGAAGGGGUGAACAAUAGGAAUGUUAUCAUGUGGAUGGAUCAUCGAGCGGUUGAUCAAGUAGACCGAAUAAAUAAAACUAAAUACUGUGUGCUACGUUAUGUGGGCGGAGUGAUGUCCCCAGAAAUGCAGCCACCAAAGCUUCUUUGGUUAAAAGAAAAACUGCGAAGCAUUUGCUGGGAAAAAGCUGGUCAUUUCUUUGAUCUCCCUGAUUUUCUGUCUUGGAAGGCCACAGGUGCAACUACAAGAUCUCUCUGUACCUUGGUUUGUAAAUGGACAUACUCUGCACAAACGGGCUGGGAUGACUGCUUCUGGAAACAAAUUGGACUCGAAGAUUUAACAGUCAAUAAUCAUUCUAAAAUAGGGAAUCACGUGUUGUCUCCUGGAAGCCGAGUCGGAAAUGGCUUGACAUCAGUUGCUGCUCAAGAACUGGGAUUACCCAAGGGAAUUGCUGUGGCAGUGUCUUUGAUCGAUGCCCAUGCUGGAGGUUUAGGUGUGAUUGGAGCAGAUCUAAGAGGUUCCAACUUGCCUUGUGAGAACAAGCCAAUAACUUCAAGGCUUGCUCUCAUCUGUGGAACAUCCUCCUGUCACAUGGCGAUUAGUAAAAGUCCCAUAUUUGUACCUGGUGUUUGGGGUCCUUAUUACUCUGCUAUGGUUCCUGAUCUAUGGCUAAACGAAGGUGGACAAAGUGCAACAGGAAAACUGAUAGAACACGUUGUUAAAAGUCAUGCUGCAUUGCCAGAGCUGGAGUCCAAAGCCAAGGCCAGUGGGAAGAAUGUCUAUAUGUACUUAAACUGUCACCUGGAGUCCAUUAAAAAGUGCUCUGCUGUGGGCAUGCUAACAGAAGAUUUACAUGUUUGGCCAGAUUUCCAUGGUAACAGAUCUCCCUUAGCAGAUCCUACCCUAAAGGGCAUGAUAACCGGAUUAGCACUGUCCAACAGUAUUGAUGAUCUUGCUAAGCUAUACUUAGCAACAAUUCAAGCAAUAGCAUUAGGAACCCGCCAUAUUUUGGAAACUCUGCAGAAUGCAGGACAUCAAAUCAAUACCCUCUUUAUGUGCGGUGGAUUGAGCAAGAAUCUCCUGUUUGUCCAGAUGCAUUCCGAUAUCUCAGGUAUGCCAGUCGUCCUUGCCGAGGAGGUGGAAUCAGUUUUAGUGGGUGCUGCUAUUCUGGGAGCCUAUGCCUCAGGGGACUUUAAGUCUAUUCAGGAAGCUAUGGAAAAAAUGGGAAAAAUUGGAAAAAUAAUUCUUCCAGACCUGGAGCAAAAGAGGUAUUAUGACAACAAAUAUAAAGUCUUCCUGAAGCUUGUUGAUCACCAGAGGGAAUACAGAACUAUUAUGCAAAACGUCUGAUUGUCCCAGCAUUCUAGAGAAAAUGGCCAAGUGAAAUUCACUCUUUCCAAGUGAAAUUACUAUUACUAGAGCACUGCCUUUAUUCUUUAUGUGAAAGAUUAUACUGCGUAAAAUGUAAACUUAAAUUCUGGACAAUUCAGUUGGAAAAAUGUAUAUUGGAUAUGUUUAAUAAAAAAAAUCAUUUAAUGUAAAAACUGUUAAAAUGUGCAAGCAGUUUCACUUUUGUUAUAACAUUAAACUAUCUUGUAAAUCAGAGGUUCAUACCAGGGAGAUUCACACAGAUGUCAUGUUGUUCUCUGAAUUGGGGUUCAAGCUGCAUAUGCAUUGAAAUUGUAAAUGUACACAAAAACAUGUUCAAUUAUUGUUUGCCAUUGAUUUAUUAUUUGGAAGAAAGGACUUUACAAGUUUAUAAUAAAUCAAUGCUGAAGGUCUUUAAAUGUGGGAAAAUACAACACCUCUUUUAACACUACCCCCAUAUUAGGAGCAGGCUUGGUUUGCUGGGAUCCAGGGGGUAUUCAAAAUAAUGGAUAGGACACCUCAUACUGCUCUCCCAACACAUUUGUGCCAGCAAUCAAUAUAAUUGUAAUGUUUCCUGCGAUUUUUUGGCCAUCUACAUGCAGACUCUUCGUUACAUAAUUGUCAGGUUGUUAAGACCUGACACUAUCCAAUCUACAGUUUACAACAGCUGUACUGAAGCCUGAUCACUCCCACCUUCCUCUACCCCAGUGAUUAAAACCAGAGGAGGCCCAGGUAAACUAUUACUUUUAUUUCUGUAAAGUUGUCUUGUUGACUGAGAAGAAUAUCCCUGCAGUCAUGGAUCCAUGAUUUUCUGCUUUGCUCCUGUCUUUAAUCCACUGGGAGAAAUUAGAGUGUGUUGUCUGAGUUUACAAGGCAGGAAGUUCACAUGAGCCUCCUGUUGUGCUUCUCUGUGCACCAGGCACAUGCUUGCAUACUUAAGGCUUGAUUUCAGAUUGAAACUAAAGCUGUUCAUCUAUUUCAUAAUUUCAGAGUGAAAACACAAAAUUUGGAAACAUAGUCACUGGACCUCAGACAGUGGAUUAUGAUCAGGCUCUUGAGGGUUAGUCUGGCCCUAUACCGACCACCAAAAGGCCACUCUCCUUGUUGUCCCUCUCUAUGACUGAUAUUGUUUAAUACUUCAAUGUGGAAGAGAGCAGAUUAGGCUAACUGAAAGUAAUGGAAACCACUAAUUUCU